AUGGCAGGUGAACGGACUCUUCAAGUAGCACAGGACAGCACGACACUCCGGCGUGACACUAGCCCACGAGCUCUCGAUGAUGUCUGGCCCGGGGAUAUGGAGGCAACUCGUGCCGACCUCGAUCGCGAGAGGGGCCUCAACUCAGAUGAUGAAGACUACGUGGAGCAGCGUCCACGGCAGAGGCGUGAAAAUGGUUCGGCAGCAGGCACUUCUUCAAAUUUUGCCGCAGCAUCACAAGGGCCUACUCAAGAACUGAACGCCUCGACAGUAUUCUCAUCGACAACACAGACCUUCACUCCUUCAACAACUCCACGACGGCUGGCUGUCAACCCCGGUAUCCGGCAACACUCAAUUCCUGUUCCUUCGACACCCGCUGCACCGACUCUGAGUCAGGUCCAGUCCCUCCUACCCGAAAUCCCACCCGAAGUUUUACAACUGCUUAGGAGGCAGUCGACAACGCCAUCUCUGACACCACAGACUCAGGCGUUGUCAUUGGUGGGACACCAGCGGCCUAUUUCAUCGACAUCCGCAGACGGUGCACCUCAACUCGAAGUUCACCCGAGCGAUGCUACCCAUGAGCAAGCAACGGUGACACCGUCUUCAAAACGAGCUGCCUGUGAUGAGGACGACACUGCAUACCGCAGAAAAGCAAAGAAAGCCAAAUACAACGUGUCACGGCCUGCCCAUAGCCAUUACCGCGAUGAUCAACGGCUCUCAUGUAUCCUACGUUGUGCCGCCACCAUGCUCCAAGUACACUUCUCUACGGUGAACCCCUUCCCUUCCCCGCGUGAUCUUGACAUCGUAGUGGCGCAGAAGUUCACCGCUGCCGUCGUCGAGCAGGGAAUCCCGGCAUCUACCUAUGUAAUGACCGUUGAGCAUGCGAAAUUGCUCGGAAAGGAAGAGUCGAACAUACGGUCACACAUCAAGCAGGCGAUCAUGGCCGGGCUCGUCGACAAGUACCGGUUGCACGGUACGCCACGGAAUGCCAGCGAGAAGGAGGCAAACAAGGCCCGUGUUGCAUUCUUGCUCCACGGCAAGUACGCAAACACGGCCCCAUUGGACCCACGCCGAGGGACUGACUGUCGCUUCCACUGUCUGGACCCGGAGACUGCGCGUGGACGUUUCCGCCAUCCGAUCAUUUCAUAUGUGAUCGACAAGGUCUGGUUUCUACACCGUAACUCACUCGGCCCCCUCUAUGCGUCCGACUUCAAGCCGAUUCCGCAUGCGAUCAUCGCUAAUAUCUGCACGGGUGUUCGUGAAUGCCUGACAUUGUAUGAAACGGGAGAGCGGGUUAAUGGUCAGUUUGCCAAGAGCGCAUGGAAGGAGUUCGACGACUACUUUCUCUACACCCAGGGCCUAUCGCAUGCCCGCGCCAAAGCUGACGCGCAACCGCACCAGCCCGUCAUACAAGCAUUAUUGCCAGCAGAGGUCCAGGACGAGAUGACCAACAUCCGCGCAGACCUUGGUGACUUCCAGGAUAGCUCUGAUGUCGAGCCUGAUCCGGAGGCGAUGACUGUUCCGAGUCGCAGCCUGAGCCCACAUACUUAG